UCAGAAUUGUAUGGAUUCUUUUUAAUUUUUUAUUAUGUAAAUAAAUUUAUAAAAGGUUGUAAAUCAAAGAAAAAUAAAUGAAAUACAGUCUUUCUCAAUCAGGAAAGCCGCGUUAUUAAAGUCAAUCUUAAUAAAAUACUCUAUACCAAUAAAAGGUUACAAUUUAGUGUAUUAGCUUCAAUGAGAUUCUAAUAAGGACACGAAAUGAAGAAACGUGGAAUAUUUUAAAGACAAUUAUGGACAAAUAAUAAAAUAUAGUGAUGCCAAUUAAAGGCGGAUAUGGUGGAUGGAAAACAUAAAUAAAAAACUAAAAGAUUAUUCACGAUUUAAUAAGAUAAUCGAAUAUAAGAGUAGAAACUAUGCCCGUUUAAUAUUCUAAUUUGUUUAAAGAAUUCAAUUUUUACAAAUUUAUGGAAUCAAUCAGCUAGGGCUAAGCUGAUGUAAAUCCUUUUUCAUAAAAUAACUAAUAAAUAAAAAGGAAUUUCGAUGUCCUUCCUGAAUCGAUAAAAUAGAGUUUAUUUAAAUUUCAGAAAACAGGAAUUGAAUUUGGAAUUCAAAGAAAUUGUAGGCUACUUAUUGGCGAUGAAAUGGGUGUUGGAAAGACUCUUUAGGCUCUUUGCAUUGCUUAUAUUUAUAAAGAUUAAUGGCCUUUACUGAUUAUAUGCCCCUCAUGUCUUAGAUUCACAAUUAAGUAAGAAAUAGUAAAUUGGUUUUCUGAGUAUAUAGACCCAAGUCUAAUUUAGGUAGUUAGCAAAGGAAGUGAUUAGUUGUUAAAAAAAGCUGAAAUAGUUAUUAUAAGUUUUGAUGUAGUUAAUAAUCUUUCUGAAGUAAUUCAAAUAAAGAAAUUUUAGACAUGUAUUAUUGACGAGGCACAUUACCUUAAAUCAUUAGAUUCCUAAAGAAGUAAAACUAUUGUGCCACUUGUAGAAAGAAUGAAGAAUGUCAUUCUUCUGACUGGAACACCAGCACUUUCAAGACCAAAAGAACUUUUUAACAUUCUUAAAAUUAUUAGACCUGAUAUAUUCAAUGAUUUUAAGAUUUUUGCUUAUAGGUAUUGUAAUCCUAGGCUAAAUAAAAUUGUAAAUUGCAUCAACUAUGAUGGCUGUGAUAAUGAACUUGAACUAAAUUUUAUUCUUUCAGAAAGAAUUAUGAUUAGAAGAUUGAAAGAACAAAUAUUGCCUGAUUUACCAUCAAAAAGAAGAAAAAAAAUUCUCAUAGAAAUUCCUUAAGGAUCAAAAAAUAAAAUAAAUAAAGCAGUCAAAACAGCUAACGAGAAAUUAUUUUAAAUAUAUCUUGCUAAAUAAAUGGAAUCUCAGUAUUUAGAUGAUGAAUUCUAAAAUCUUAAGGAGGAGCAAGAGAAUUAAGAUUAAAUGAAGAGGACCUUCAAUUUUGUGUAUCAAGAAACAGGAUUAGCUAAGCUCGAUGCUGUAAAGGAGUAUUUAGAAGAUUUAAUGGAUAGUUAAGUGAAAUUGAUAAUUUUUGCUCAUCACUAAUAGGUAUUAGACAGAAUAGAAAAAAUGGUAAAAUGUGAUUUUAGGAGAUAAUAUAUAAGAAUUGAUGGGAAUGUUAAGUAAGAAGAAAGAGUUGAUUUAGUUAAUUAGUUUUAAAAUAAUACUAAGACUACUGUUGCUAUUUUAUCUCUCCAGGCAGCCUCUCAUGGAAUUACUUUAACAGCUUCUUCUCAUGUAAUUUUUGCAGAAUUAUAUCCUACCCCUGCUGUUAUGCUUCAAGCCGAGGAUAGAUCUCACAGAAUUAACCAAAAUAAUAAUGUUUUAUGCCAUUACCUAAUUGGUAAAGACACUGUAGAUGAAGAUAUAUUUAAUCUUUUGAUGUAGAAGUAUAAGGUGACUAGCUCUAUUUUAGAUGGAUAGAGAAAAGACCUUUAAAUAGAUGAAUUUUAAGUAUUUUAGUAUGACUAAGAUAAAAUGUAAAAUAGCUAAAUUGAGCUGCUAGAUGAAAAAAAUAAAAUUGAGUAAAAUUCAAAUCAACAAAUUAUUGAAGAACCUUUAUAGCCAGAUAAGAUAGUAUAAAAUGAUAAAGAAAAUUAAAAUAAUUUAAUUAAUUAAAGUUAACUAAAUAAUUUAUCUAGCUAAGAUACUAUUUUUAAGGAUAGAACAAACUAAAGUAAUUCGCUUCAUUUAUUUAGUGAUUUCAAUACUCACUAAGAAUAAGUUAGGUUAAAGAAGGAAUAAGAUCUUUUAAUUAACAAUCAAGAAGUAGUUAGUUCAUAGACUUUCAAAUAAUCUCUAAGUAUACAAGAAAACAGUAAUGGUAUUAUUUUUGAGAUUUUAGACAAUAACGAUACAGAUAUAAACAUAUAGAUGCUAAGUGAAUUGUUUAAUCAAAAAACUUAAAGCUAUUAGGAAAAUGAUAUGGAUAAUAACUAGGACUCUUUAAUCUAAAAUAAUGAAGAAAUUAAACAAAAUAUUUUAAUCAAUACUCAAAAACAAUUAUAAAAAGAUCAAGUAAAUAACUUUUAGUUUAUAUUCGAUGCAAUUGAUGAAAUUUAAACUGAUUCUGAAGUAGAAAACUAAAUUAAUUCAGCAAAUAUCGUGGAAAAAAUAGAGUAAAAAAAAGAAAGUAAACUUUUAUAAAAUGUCAAGAAUUAUUUUUAAAGCCAAUCUGAAGACAGUUCUUUUGAAAAUUAAGAUGCAGAAAGUUGCGAUGGAAGUCAAUUUUAAGAGAUUUCUACUGAGAAAAUUGGGUUUUAAGAAGAAAAAUAGAUCUACUAAGGCUCUAGUAUUAUUGAUUUGUUUGCAUUUAAAAGAAAUUAGAACUAAAUUUCUAAUUAUAGUUUUGACGAUUUAAAUGAAUCUACAUAGACAAUUUAAAAAUAAUAAAUAAAUUAGAAUACUAAUAAAUCUAAUAUAUUAGUCAGUUCUGAUAAGGAAAUAAUAGAAAUAGAACCAUUUUAAAGUUAAAUUUAAGCAUAAAAAAUAAAAAAUGAAUAAAGUAACUAAGAAAAAGAAAUAAUUCAGUAAAACCUUGCAGAAGAUAGAAUUUAAUAAAAGACUAUUUUUGACUCCUAAAAAUAGAAUUCAAUAAAUUAAUUUGAAAAUAAUCAGAAUUGCAAAUAAUAGCAUUAAAAUUGUUAAACUAAUAUGUACAACAACUAAAAAAAUAAAAAUAUAAUUGCUAUAAAAUCUGAGAGUUAAGUUUGUUAAACUUAAUGUUAAGCUUAAGGCAAAAUAAGUAAAAUUAUCUAGCCAGAAAUAUCGGGUAUUGAAUAAAGUUAAGCUUUAUAGCAAUAAAUAAAUAAAAAUAGUUAUGAAAAUAAAAUAGAAAAUUAAUAAAUCAGAAAUACUUAAACAUAUUAAAAUGGAAAUUAAAAUUCAAAAGAAUUAAAAAACCUUUGCAAUGCAUAAUCUAUUCUAUUGAAAAAUACAUAAAACUAAAUUGAAAAUAUUCCUUCAGUAGGAUUUAGCACAAAGUAAGAUUCAUUAGGAAAUUAAGUUACUGAAAAAAAUGAUCCAUUAAAUGAAUAACAAAUGAAUAAUUUGUCUAUUGAGGAAUAAUUCAAUUAGCAAGUACAAAUUGAGAUAAAUAAAGAAUAAAAUGAUUUCUAAAAUUAAUAAAGCCCUAACAAUUCAAUGAAAAAAUAAAAUUCAAAUACUUCUAUAUUAUUUUUGAAUUAAAAGGUUACUGAAAAUUAAUUAAAUCAAUCAACUUGCACAUCUUAAGCUGAUUUUUAAAUUUAAAAAAAUCUAAAAACGCUUGAUGAAAAUUUAAACGAUAAAAAAGACUAAAGACUUAACAACAUUUAAUGCUUUCCAUAAAAAGAAGAAGAGAUUCCCUUAAAUAUAAAUACUUCAAACUAAAAUAAAAAAAUUAGUUCACAACUUAAUAUUAUAUACGCUGAUACAGAUGACUCUAAUAAUAGUGAUGAGAGUGAUGACGAUAUAAAUUUCGAAAUUUAAUUAGCUCAAAAAUUUAAAAACCAAACAAAGUAGGAAGUUAUUAACUAACCUUCAAUUAAUGGACCUAAUGAACUAAAAUAAAAUCAAAUAAAUCAAGCUCAAACUCAAUAAAAUAGCAAUUCUGAUAAUUUAAGCACUUAGUAUACUGCAUAGAGUAUUUAUUUAAAUGAAAAAAAUUAGAGAAAUUCCUGUUAAACACAAAAAAAACUUUAAAAGUCACCUCCACAAUAAUAAUAAAUAUAAUCUUUAUAAAAAGCUAAUUAAUAAAAUUCUGUAACCUCAGAGUCUUAUGAAAAAAAGUAAAAAAUUUAAUAAAAUUUUGUUAAGCUUGAUGAGCUUUCUGGUAAUAAUUUUUGCUAUAACUAAAGUACUUAAGGUAAGGUGGAGUCAAUGUUAGAAAAAAAUAAUAUAAAUAGAAAUAAUUAAACAUAGAUAGGCCAAAACUUUUCUAUUAUAACAUAAACAGAAUAAUAAUUUCAACAAAAGCGAAAGAGAGAAUAAUUUGAAAAUCAAAUAUUCUCUAGCUAAAGCGAUUCAGAUUAGUAAACUGAAAAAGAUAUUAUGAAACUAAAAUCAAAAUAGUUAUAAUCGAAAAGAAAAUGACCAUUGUAACUAAGAUAAUAUAUAUUAUAAUUAAUUGAUUAUAUUUUUUUGAUAGGUAUAUAUCUCUAAAAUUAUAUAAAUUUGAAAGAUUUGAUCUUAAUUAUGUUAAUAAAAUUAAUUAAUUAAUUAAUUAUUCUAAAAUUAGACAUAAAUUUUAAAUGAAUUUCUGAUGAAGUGAUCUGAUAACUUCUUUUGAAUACUUAGUAAAUUGAGUUCAUGUUUUUUAUUGUGAUUGAUUUUUUUCUGAUUUUUUAGAUAAAGAAAACUAUUUUAUUGGGCA